AUGAAAUGUGUUAGGGACGCAUUAACACUUUAUGGCUUCCGGUAUCCGUGGCCAGCUCAAUUUGACGUUCGCGAUCUGGAGCCUCGUUUGCGUUUCGAACGGAAGGCGGUGGUCAAUAGAUAUGAGGCAUCCUAUUCAGUUUUAACGCCACUUCUUUCGUUCCUUGCAAAUACAAUUGGAGUUAGAAUGGUUUACCCCGGCUGCAUGGGCAUGUUCAAUUCUUGGGCGCUUGAACCUCGAAUGAAGGCUUUGGAGGCUUUACGAUCAAAAUGCAAUGCCCGUCGUGUGGGUCUUAUUACCGCUGAAGGCCUGUUUGUGGAAGCCUUUUAUGUGGAUCGGCGAAGGAGCGAAUCAGAAAACGGGAAGACUAUGGUUAUCUGUUGUGAGGGCAAUGCGGGAUUCGCUGAGAUUGGCAUUUCUGGUGUACCAUUGUCGAAUGGUUUCUCCAUCUUUGCGUGGAAUCACCCUGGUUUCGGCAGCAGCAUGGGCAUGCCAUUCCCGGAACAAGAGAUGAAUGCGGUGGAGGCGGUUGUACUCUUCACUAUCCAUUAUCUCCACUUCGAGCCUGCGGAUAUUCGUCUCUUUGGUUGGUCUAUCGGUGGCUUCACCGCUACUUGGGCUGCGAUGCAUCUACCCAGUAUUGGAGGGCUGAUUCUGGAUGCGACAUUUGACACACUUGAAGAAUUGAGCAGGAACGCACUGCCAUUCAUAGGAGAGUCCAUCCCCGUCGCUUUGGUUCGAAAGUUCUUCAACUUGAAAAAUAUCGCGCAGAUUAUUGAGUUUCCCCACUUGUUCAAUGACGACACAGAGGUUCUGCUUUGGAAAUACCUUGCGAUGGACAAGGCUGAACAGGAGUCUUAUUUAAUGAAACACGGCAUAGUGGACGAGGUGAUGGUACCAAUUUUGCAGCAUGAGUUCCGAAAGGAGAUGCUAGAGUUUGCUUGCGCUGACGAUGAUGUCUCUGGUUUGGUAAUGGAUGUGCAUCGUUCUCUCCUCUUUCCCUCCCAUCUGGGUGAGAGCGGCAUCAGUGACGCUAUGAAACGCUCUGUCCUCAUUUAUUUGACCAGUAAGUAUUUUGUGGAGGCGAAGGGUAGUCACUGCACUACACUGGACCAGGCAAGCUUUCAGGAGCCCUGGUCUGAGUCCCUCGUCCUCUACCGCUCACAGACUGUCAACGUUGAUUUGGAGGCGGAAUGCAGCAGCACUAAUGAUGGUUUCGAUGACGACGCGGAUGAAAAAGACGUCAAUGACUGGGAAAAAGUUGCCUGA